AUGCUCAUCCUGUCAGGUUACAUGGUGGAAACCCCAUCACCAUCCCUGCAAAACAAAAGUGCUGCAUCACAGGUGAUGUCAGUCCCGGUCGUCCUGCGCAAUCUUAGUGACCAUGAUGUUACGCUGCAGCCAAAAUGCAUCAUUGCUCAAAUAUGUGCAGCUCAGCAGGUCACAUCACUUGGACCAGUGAAAGGUGACUCUCAUCACAAUAAGCCUGACAGUGACAACCUCGAGUUCAAUCUUGAUGAUUCACCAAUAUCUGAACAAUGGAAAGAUCGUAUCACCACCAAGCUUAGAUCUAUUCCAGAAGUCUUUGCUGUGGAUGACCUGUCAUAUGGUCACACCACUGCAGUGAAACAUCACAUCAGGCUACAUGACGAGACUCCUUUUAAGGAGAGGCCAAGGCCUAUUCAUCCCAGUGACAGGGAGGCAGUCAAGGAGCAUCUUAAAGAACUGCUUGAUGCAGGAAUCAUUAAAGAGUCACAGAGCCCUUUUGCAUCCCCAGUGGUCUUGGUCCGGAAGAAGAAUGGUUCUAUCAGGUUAUGCAUCGACUACAGGAAGCUAAAUGCUCGAACCAUCAGAGAUGCAUACGCUCUUCCGAACAUUGAGGAGACCUUUGCUGCCCUUAGCGGUGCUAAAUGGUUCUCCGUCAUGGACCUUAAAUCUGGUUAUUGCCAGGUUGAGAUGGCCGAAGAAGACAAGCCUAAAACCGCUUUCACGUGUCCCCUCGGCUUCUUUGAAUUCAAUCGCAUGCCUCAGGGUGUCACGAACGCACCAAGCACUUUUCAGCGCCUUAUGGAAAGGUGUGUCGGUGACUUGCAUCUCAAUGAGGUAUUGGUGUUUCUGGACGACUUGAUUGUCUUUUCAGACACAUUGGAAGAACAUGAAGCACGACUCAUGAAGGUGCUGAACCGUCUUAAAGAUUUCGGUCUAAAGCUUUCUCCGGAGAAAUGUCACUUCUUUAAGACGUCAGUAAAGUAUCUUGGUCAUGUCGUGGAUGCACGAGGAGUUCAUACUGACCCUGACAAGAUAUCCGCCUUGAGAGACUGGCCUCGUCCUUCAAAUAGGAAAGAGCUUAAAUGUUUCUUAGGCUUCGCUGGGUAUUAUCGGCGGUUUGUCGAAGGAUAUUCCCAGAUAGCCAAACCUCUUAAUAGCCUGACAGCAGGCUACUAUCCACCAAAGAAAAGGGGCAAAGUGUACAAGAGGGAACGCUUCACGACUCUUGUGAGCCCUAAUGCACCGCUCGGUGAGGAGUGGACUUCAGAGUGUGAGAGUGCAUUCAGAACCCUGAUCAAGAAACUGACGUCUGCGCCCAUCCUUGCUUUUGCGAAUCCACAACUACCAUAUGUUGUACAUACUGACGCUUGUCGCGAUGGAUUGGGGGCAGCGGUCUAUCAAGAGCAGGAGGGGAAGCUCAGAGUUGUCGCGUAUGCCAGUCGAGGUCUUUCCAAGAGCGAGAGAAACUACCCUACGCACAAACUCGAAUUCUUGGCCUUAAAGUGGGCCGUUUGUGAAAAGUUCAGUGAUUUCCUUUAUGGGUCAAGUUUCACUGUGCUUACCGACAACAACCCCCUCACAUACGUCUUGACAUCUGCGAAGUUAGAUGCUGCUGGUCAUCGCUGGUUAGCCGCUCUUUCUACUUACCAGUUUACCAUCAAGUACAGAGCAGGGCAGGCCAACCGCGAUGCAGAUGGGUUAUCCCGGCGGCCUCAAGGUCCGCCUCUUGAGGAUGAAGCUUUCACUAAAGAAAGAGAGAGAAUAGAGGACAUGAAAAAACGGUUCAUGGAAGCAGGAGAUGACAUGGAUCAUGAGGUGUUCUCUGCAUUAUGUCAACGUCAUCUUGUGAUGGUUAAAGAUGAACGUCACCCUCAUUCAGAGCAGCCUGUCAUUGCGGAGUCUCUUGUUGUCGACCCUUCUGUAGUGCCUGAUGUUUUCGAUGAGGGCACUUUACCAUCCAUGGCUAACUCUGACUGGUGUAAUGCUCAAAAUAAUGAUCCGUCUCUCUCACGUGUCAUCACCUUUGUGAGGAGAGCUGUAAAACCCAGUUUCAGAGAGACAAACCUUGAACAUCCCGAUGUCAAACUUCUUUUUAGGGAGUGGAAAAAACUUGAACUCAGGGAUGGUGUCCUGUACAGGAAGUGGUCUGAGCGAGGCGAACUGGUGUAUCAGUUGGUCUUACCCGAACAGUUCAGAGAGAGGGCACUGCAAGGAGUGCAUGAUGAUGUUGGCCAUCUCGGUUCUGAGCGUGCACUUCAGCUUGCUCGUGCCAGGUUCUACUGGCCGAGAAUGGCCAGAGACAUCGAGGAGAAGUGCAAAAAGUGCGAACGCUGUUUCAGGCGGAAGGCUGUGCCUCAGAGGGCCGCGCCUUUGGAAAACAUUUCUGCUACUUAUCCACUUGAACUUCUUUGUAUGGAUUAUCUAUCCCUUGAGCCGGAUGAUAGAGACACGAGAAACAUUUUAGUCAUCACCGACCACUUUACAAAAUUUGCUGUGGCGGUGCCGACUAGGGAUCAGAAAGCCAGAACUGUUGCGAAGGCUUUAUGGGAGAACUUUAUUGUUCACUACGGGUUCCCCAGUCGUCUGCUCAGCGACCAGGGCAGGGACUUUGAGUCUAAGACGAUCAGAGAACUCUGCACACUGAUUGGAGCAGACAAAGUUCGUACCACCCCGUACCAUCCCCGGGGAAACCCAGUGGAACGAUUUAACCGGACCCUCCUUGGUAUGCUAGGGACCCUGGAAGAAAGAGACAAAUAUCAUUGGAGAGAUUUUGUCAAACCUCUGGUCCACGCAUACAAUUGCACGAGAAACAGUACAACAGGCUAUUCGCCUUACGAACUAAUGUUUGGUAGGCAGCCCAGACUGCCGAUUGAUCUUGUCCUGGGAAUCCAACCUGAUAUGGCAAGUCACAAGACCCACUCAGAGUAUGUCAAGGGCCUUCGUCAACGCCUACAGGAGAGCUACUCAUUAGCUGCUAAAAAUGCCAAGAAGAUGGGAGAGAAGAACAAGGCUAGGUUUGACAGGGAGGUCAGGGCAGCUGAACUCUUAGAAGGGGAUAGGGUCUUAGUGAGAAACGUGAAUAUCAGGGGGAAACACAAACUGGCAGAUCGGUGGGAACAGAAAAUCCAUGUUGUUGUCAGACGGAUUAGCGACAGUCCUGUUUAUGUAGUCAAACCUGAGACAGGGGAGGGGCCACACCGUACGUUGCAUAGAGACCUUCUUUUGCCGUGCGGGUUCCUACCUGUAACUGAGAUCAGAGAGCAAAGUUCUUCCACUGACGCAUCGAGGAAAAUGAGACUGAGGGGCAAAACAACAAAAGGCGUGCAAGGGGACACUGAUUGUCAGGAGGACGAGUCGUACAGUGAUGAAGAUGAACUGUAUCCUAAUACAUGGAUGCCAGAAAUCAUCACGAAGGGUCCUUUCCUGCAGAGGGAAGGAGGCUUCAAUGAGCCUCAGCCAGUUUCCAGGGUAUUAAACCCAGACACCCCUUCUUUUGUGCCCCAAAGUUCCGCACACUUACCUGAAAGACCUACUCACGAGCUUCAACCAGGAAUUCCUUAUGUUAGCUCUGAGAAUAGUGGUUCAGUUACACAUCCUACUUCACACUGUAGGACUCCGGACCAUAUUGUCAUUGAUAUUCCUGAACCUGAUGUGACACAAAUCUCACCUGAUGAAGAGAACACAGAUCUCAUCACCACAGACCCUGUAGUUGCAGACACUGACAAUGUAGUAUCUGAGAGUCAAGAGUCCGAGAACGCAAGUGUCCGGCGUUCUACUAGGGAGAGACGUCCGCCUCGGAAACUCACCUACGAUGAGCUGGGGGAGCCUUUAACCUUGGCCAUUAGUUCAUUCUUUCAGGCUUUAGGGGCUGCUAUUUCACAUGUGUCUGUACCGGUAGGGGCAGGUAUGCAUGGUGGGACUCAUGCAGUCUAGAGGGGGAGAAUGUAACCCUGGUAAGAUUUACAGCAAUCAGAAGUACAGGGUUCUUUGAAUGCAUCGUAGUCCUUGUCUGAUAGUUUAAUUUCCGGGCUUGCCCUGAAGGCACCAUCUGCAGCUCCGUGCGAGUGAAGGUGUGGUGUAGAGGAAAAAGGACGGCAAGGAAAAACUCCAUGCUGCCGCGGAGCACGGUUUUUUCCAGUUGAAAGAGAGGAAAGAGGUUUAAUUAACAUUUGUGAGAGAGCUGUCGUUAGCGGUGAACCACAGACGGGUACCUACCUGAAAGGAGCCGGAGUAUUUCUUUGAACUUUUUGAACUAUUCUGGUGAGUUAGCCUAGCUCACUUAGCACCGCUAUUGCAGUUCAAUGCACUGGAAAAAAAUAACUAACCAGUCAGAAUAGUAGUAAAUGUGUUUAAUGAUGUUUAAGAUGUGUUUUCAUAGUAUUGCAAUGUUGUGACAGUUUUGUUUAUUAUGAGUGUCUAGUGUUUUACUUUCUUGGGCCUGCUAGUUCAGCCGCGGCCAGCUAAGUGGUUAUGCGCAGUUCACGUGCAAUAGCUGUGCUGUUACUGUAACUGCGGGUGAUGCACAGUAAUACCGGUGUAUUUACUUUUAAUGUGUCACAAGAUGCAGAUUUAUUUUAAUAUUUCAAAAGAACCAAGGACAUUAGGAACAAGGACAUUUAAGGAAUGUGGACAUCUAACA